CGCCUUGAUCCGGCGGGUCCCGGGACGGUGAGCCCCGAGGCCAGGGCUCCAGCCCCAAUUCCCUCCGCUGUCGAUGGGCGCCGUACUGGUCUCGCGCUGGGGAGGAGGGAGCCGGGGCCCCGCGCUCAAUUAUGUAAAACGUCUCCACAUGUGUCGGAGCCCGCCAGCCCACAGCGGCGCCCGGGGUCGCACGCUCCCACCCCCUUCGCCCCGCCGCCCUCGUCGGCGACCCGGGGGAAUGCAGUGACCGCGGCCACAACGCCCUUCCCGCAGACCCUAAUUCAAACCAGACCCGCGGGCUUGCACCCCAGCGCCACCGAGCCCGGGCGCCCAGCCCCUUGCGCCCGGGCAAGUUUGGGCGCAGCGCAGCCGGCGCGGGAGCUGGCGGGCGGGUGUGUUGGCCCCGGGAGACCGGCCAGGGCUGCGUGGGGGACGCGGGCGAGCGGCUCCGGGGCCCUCGGGCUUGCCGUGGGCCGCUCGAGGUAAGCGGGGCCGGCCCGGCAGCGGGAGGUUCCGGGAAGUUGGUCUCGGAACGCUGGAGACCCGGAGGAGCUCAACUUCUGGGCUGCUGAAGUUGAGCUGGCCCCGGGGGCGCGUUCCCGUGCUGGGCAUGGCCGGGACGCGGGCGCCUUCCACGAGAGGGGACCCGGGAAUGGCCUCCUGCUCCCCGACUCGGCUUUGUGCUGAAGCCGCGCGGAGGGAAGGCGGGUCCCUUGGCCCGCCCAGUGGAGCUGGGGAGAAAGAGGGGCAGAUGUGGAGCUCGAGGCUGGAGGAGGCCUUUGGGUGAGAUGCAGCAUCCACCUUCAGCGGGACUCAGGCUCCACUAAACAGGGACGUGGCCGACAAAGAGCAGCCCGAGGGUCCCCAGAAAGUGGCUCUCCCGCCCCGGCCUCGGGCCGCUAGCCCGCCUUCCCCAAUGGGGGCGCUUUGUUCUCGGCCCCUGUAACCCUUUCCUGGGAACCGCCCCACAGCGCCGGCCUUAACGGGGGCUGGGACUUGGGCCACCGCCAGGUGUCAGCGCGGGCCACCGGGUGCCUUCGUCCUCCUCCCCAGCCCCCGGGCCCGGUGCUGGCGUCCCGGAGUCCUCCCGGUGGGCCGGCUCGGCCAUCCCCAGGGAUGCAGAGGGGAGGUGCAGAGCCAGGGGCACUUCCCCUUCCGGAAGUGGCGGUCUCUCGCCACCACAUCUGGACAGCUCGACUUCCCCAGCUCUGGCAAAGGGAGGCACGUGGGCAGGGAAGGGGCGGGGGCAGGGUGAGCAUUCGGGUCCUCCACUGCUAAUGUGACAUCUGGACAAGCCCCAGCAACACUGACCCUCCGUAGGGGUUGCCCUCUGUGAUAGCUACCAGUUAUUGAGCGCUCUGGGAACGUUUUUACAGGGUCUGGCUCAUGGGAGGUGAGGUGGGGACAGUCGUUUUUGAAGCUGAUGUGUAAAGUGCCCUCCCUGCUUCCCAGGUGACUCGUGCUUCCAGACAUUUUCAGGUCCCGGAGAAGGUCCCAGUGCCUGUUGAACUGCGGAUGGGCUGGACUGUGUGGGGUGCCGAAUCUGGGAGGACGGGGAGGGCCAUGAUUUCCGAGCUGGGUCUCAGGCACUCCUGGCUUUCAGGUUCAAGAAGCUGCUCUCUAGGGUGGUGGUUUCUGUGGGACUGAGCCUGUGCGUGGAGUCUUCGCUCCGACUUUGGAGAAGAGAGUGGGACUGCGUGGCUUACCUUCCUUGACCUCCUGCCAUCACCACACUGCCCCAUUCUCUCCAGGCACAUGCUGGGGCCUCAGUAGGGGCGGCUGAAGUUGGGUCCUCCACCUAUUUCCGGCUGGAUUUAGGAGGGCUGCUGGUUCCCUUGCCUGCCUGGGGUAGAGUAGCAGACAUUCUAGAGCCCUGGGAUCCCCCCACACCCCUUAAGGCUGGGGAGGCAGGUGGAGUCUGGGAUUCCCUGUGGACUGCCUUUCCUGGAGUUUUCUGUGGGCUGGAGCAGAGGCUGCAGUGUGAGGCAUUAUUUCUUGCCCAGAAACUUGGUCAUAGGGCCCAGGAGUCAGGAAAGACUCAAAAGGGGAAAGGAGGGAGGGACUCCCUGGAACUGCAAGGAGGGAAGGUUUCCCGGAGGGUGAAAGCCCCACCUGAGCUUUGGGGUCAGACUCUGGCUUGUAGCUUAGGUGUUCCUUUUGCUUUUUCUGAUCUUACAAAGUUUAGGUUUUUUUCUUUCCCAUUUCUGCCCUCUCCGUCUUACAGUGACUGUCCAUGUUGGGUUAAAGGUGGGGACACUCAUUGCCUUCCGAGAGCUCUGACACCCCUUUCCUGAAAGAAAUCAGGCAGUUGGGAUUUGCUUAAGAUGGGAGAAGGUGUCCACAAGUGGCAGAGAUCUGUUCGUCUCUGAAAGUUCACUAUGGCCCCAGUGGGAAGCAGGUCAGAAACCCCCUGGGGACUGGGGAGGCAGGGAGUGACUGAAUGGGUGAGGGGAGGCUGCUAGGAGAGGAGGUUGCUCAAAACCACUCCCAAGAGACUAAAACAGGUUUGUCUAAAAAGGUUUCUCUCUCUGUCCUUUUUUCUCUCUUUCUUUCUGUGUGUGUGUAUGUGUGUGUGUAAGUGUAUGUGUGUGUGUAUGUGUAUGUGUGUGUAUGUGUGUGUGUAAGUGUAUGUGUGUAUGUGUGUGUGUGUGUGUGUGUUUCCUGUGGUCUUUUGUUUCUGCCAUGUAAGAAACAUUGCUUAUUCUGGAAUAGUUAUUUGUUGUUUUUCUUCCUUUCUCUCUUCUCUUUCUUGAAAGGCAUAAAAUCCCUUUUGCCCUAAUUAUGGGGGCUAGUAGAGACAUUUUCCCACAGCCUGGCAGAGAGGGUAGAGGGGGAGGCAAUAGCUGCUUCUGCUUGGGCUCAGAGCCUUCUAGAAGUGAUGUCACCCCUGGCUUGGGCUCCACAGGGAGGGUGGAGCUGGUUUAAGUCUCUACCUGUGGCUCCUGAUGGGUUCCACUAAAACCUCAUUAACAACACACAUUGGUAGGGAGACAGUAAGAAAGGAGAGAGCCUGCAAAGAAUUAAUGAAAAGAUUGAUUUCUGCAGUUUUUUAGAGGAAUCUUUUCUGUUGCAGCAGAAUUUUGGAUUCCUGAAAUCCCUUGGGAAUGAGAUGUCCUGUGUAUUCAUGUUUUUUCAUUGAUCUAGAAUCCCUAUUACCCUUAAAAGUAUUCUUACUCUGAGCAGGACUCUCUGAAACAUUUAUUUCCCUUCCUUUGUCAACCAAAAAAUGCUAGGCAUGAUUUAAUCUCUGCAUGCCAGGGUCGUCGUCCUCAUUAGUGCCAGGUUAGGACAUUGUCUCCUGGAUUUACUGUGCUCUGAAGAGCACUUUGCCCCUGUGCCUGGUGUCCCAGGUCGCUCUGUUUGGAAUUCUGGUCUUUCUCCUUUUUCCAUCUCUGUCUGAGAGAAGCCAGAAGUGACAUUUACAUGCCUGAGUGUAGCCAGCCGCUUUUCUGUUCAGUUCAAAUUAGAACUUUUCAGUUGUUACUUCAGUUGUUCAAAUAGUUACUUUUCUCCAGUGGCACUAAGAAACUAAUUAGUUGGGUUAGGUUCAUUUCAGGCUGAGAGUUUUAGGCUCUGGGUAAGGUUCUCGCCUGUGAGUGAGACUGUUGAUCUGUGAUAUGUGGAUUUUGUACCCUUCAUGAACUUCAGCUGGGACCUGUUGCGGUCUCCCCUUUACCUCCCUGCACCCCACCUAGAGUAACAAAGAAGUGCUGCCAAGGUAAGGCCUUUAGGGGCCUCUCUAACUGGACAGAAAUGAGUCACCUCUUGGGGAAGUGCUUGCUGGCCCCCAUGUUUCAAGUUCCUCAACCUGGUUCAACUUGUAAGUGACUUGCUGGUCAGAGGUAGCCUGGACUGACCAGUUGAGGCCCUUAUUCUUUAGACUUGACUGUUAUGCUCAGCUUCACCAAGUUUGAUUUGGAUUUUAUUUCCUGUUUCUAUAUAAUCUGCAUCCAUACUGUGUGGCAGGCCAGAAAUGGCUUUGGAUAAAGUAGAGCCCCAGGACUGUGUCUCAACUCUGCCACUCAUUUACUCCCUAAUCUGGGGUGAGUCACUUUUCUUCCAAGUCUUGUCCUCAUCUGUAAAGCGGACAUCAUGAUACCUGUUCUCCCUGCCCUCAUUCUGUCAUUUGCAUAUUCAUUUCAUAAUGGAUAUGUGAAAGUACUUUGUGAUGAAACUGCCUGAGGAAAGUUAGCUGUCAAUAUCAUUAAGGUUACCUUGUUUUGAGCGCCUACUGUUGAGGGCUCAGUACUUUUCCUUUAUUCUUAUUUAAACUUGACCCCAAUCCUUUACAGUGUAUAUCAUUGCCUCAUUUUGUGGAAGAAGAAGCCGAAGCCUAGGGUGGUGGGCCCUGCCACUGGCUGAGUUGGGAUUUGUGUGCGUGUGCAUGUAUAUGGGUAUGGUAUGAAUACAUUACAAGGCUGUCAGGUCUCCCCUGAGAAGCCUGGCAUCUGGGGACUAGCUGAACCCUGCAAGGCUCUGCUGGGCAUUUGCUUGUCUGUCCUGAAGAACCAUGGGUGUGAGUGUUUUGGGCGAAGGGGCCCAGGCUGGGCUCAGCUGGCCUGAUCGGUGCCAUCAAGCAAAGUGAGCACUGGGUAACAUUCUGGAGUUGUGUUGGGUUCAACUCAUGGCCGCUUAGGAACAGGCGAGAGCUCCUCACAGGAACAAAACGGGGAGUUGAGAGCCAGGUGGGAACUGUGGAUUGGGCGUGGAGGGGCCUGUUUGGACGGUGUCCUCAGGCCAGGCCCCAGGUGGUGUCCAGCUUGCACCAUCUUUUACCUUGGGCACUGGGGAAACAUUCAUGGAAUUAGCAGAUUCUUUUGUAAGCCUGGGAGGUAGGCAGUGUGGCACAGGUGAUGGCCAGAACCCAGGACUCCUGGCUCUGGUGCCGCAGUCACCUCCUGGUUUCCUCCAACGCCAGGUCCUGUGGGGGUGGGGGCAGCUCAUGAGGAACUGGUCAUUAAGUGAUUGCUGGGCUUGAACUGCUGCCCGAUUGCCUUCUUUUCACCAGCCAGUUUUGGAGUCUUGGGUUGAAAGGGCCCCUGAGGCCCUGCCUAAAUGUGUCUAGAGAAGAAUGAGAUUCAGGGAUUUUGUGGAAGGAGGACUUCUGGCACCAGGAUUCUGUACCCCCUCACUUCUCUCUCAGUUGUUCCAGCAGAGGCUGGGUUUUGGAUGGGAACAUGCAUUCUGGAAUCUUCCACUGAGUGAGAUGUGACACACCAGGUGAGGGCCACAAGGAGGCAUGUUUGGGGUCGUGGAGGUGAGGCACCAGAGGCAAGACCCUGGCUUGUGGCCACUUCAGCAACUGUCAUGUCCAGCUGCAGGUGGUCGCGGGGAGCCCACGCCAUCACCUCCCCUGGAAGGGUGAACUUUAUCUGUGAUGUUACUGCUUCUACCCACCCUCAGGAAGCUUCCAUUUGGGUGGGGAGACAGUAUGAGAAGGUCCCGGGCACUCCUGAGACAGGCACACCGGGCCAGCUCGCCUGUGCUCAGUGCUGUGGGGAUCUUGGGGAAGGGUUGUCUGAGACUCCCCUGGAAAGUGACCUGCUUUUUGGCAGGGCCCGGAAGGGUGGGGGCAAGCUUACAGGACAAAGCAGGGUGUGCCAGGGGAAAUCUUGGGACUUGGGGCCAUUGAGUCAUGAGAGCAGAAGAGACGGCGGGUGGACCUGCUCCUGCACAUGCCCAGUGACCUCUCCCCAUGGGAGCCCCUCAAGGGCCUCUGAGCUCCUGGCUUUUAUGGCUUCAUGGCUGCCUAAUUCUACACAGAGGAUGCGCCUCCUCUGGCCAUCAGCCCUGUGAAAAACUCUCUGCCCGGUGAUUCACCUGCGGGUUCCAACACCAUGAGAUGCCUGCCCUCUGUGUGUGUGUGUGUGUGUGUGUGUGUGUGUGUGUGUCCACGUCCGUAUGUCUGCAUGUGUGUUUGUAUUUGUGUCUCUGUGUUUGUGUUUGUCCGUGUGUGUGUCCAUGUGUGUCUGUCCGUGUGUGUGUGUGUGUGCGCGCGUGUGGUGUGGGGGGUGCCUACUGCACAGGUUGACACUGCAGUUGGGCCUUGCCUAGGCACCCCUGACUUUCCCUUUGGGCCUUCCUGCUUGUCAGGUGGCAGCCUGGUCACUACCUGGCUGCAGCUUCCUUUUUGGACACCAGCUUCCUUUCUGCCUCCUAUCUCUGCUGGUCGUCUUUUCCCUUUUUCACUGUGACUCUGACAUUUCUGAUGGACUUGGCCUUGGAAGUUAUUCCCACAGAGAUGGGCAGUAGGGUCACCUGAACUUCCUGGUUUAGAUGAGCUUCCACUAGGUGGCUACGGCAGGCUGUUGCCCCUCUGGGCCUCAGUUUCCUCCUCUGCUGAAGGGUCCUUUUUCCCUUCCUCAGUUCUGAGAGCCACAUGGCUAGAGAGAGACCUUAUCUUGGGAAGGGCGGAGGUGGCACUGAAGGACUUGCUGGGGGCUCACAUUCCUCUGCCAGGAUUCCUUCUGGGGACUUGAGGGAGAACUGGUUUCCUAAGGGGCCAUUGGUGGGAUGGCCUGGGCCAGUGGAGGGCAGGGUAACCUGCUUGAGGCGGGGAUUUGAGCUUCUUGGGGAGCUGUUGUGGACAGAGGUGCCUGGGUGAGGUCGGGCCAGGGGUGGGGCUGCGUGAUGUUCUCUGCAUACACACCCAGGCGUCCUGGCACCUGCCCGAGGUCCGCUCAGCAGCAGGAAUGAAUGCCAUGGCAGGCAGGUUGGGGCAGUGGGGAAGGUGGGCGGUUGAUCAGUCCACUCAUCAGCUGAGUCAUGGCGCCAGGCCCAUGGGUCCUCUCCAGAGACUCGCCCAACCAACCCUGACCCACUGCAAGCCCUCUGGGGGCUGGCACGAGGUGGGGAGUGCAGCAAGACACAGACUGGGGCUCAGGGGCCUGGCUUUCCCUCCUGGCCCUGCCUCUUUACUGUCAAAUGGCUGUGUACAGAGCCCUCUCUUGGCCUCAGUGAACCCAUCUGUGAAAUGGGGGAAAGGGGCAGAGAGGCAAUACUUUUGUGUGCACGUGGCCUCUUGUGUCUGUGUCGUGUGACUGGUGGGUAUCUGAGGGCCUGCCUGUGCUCCUGCUGCCUCCAGUUCUGAGAGUUUAUGACCCCUACCUGGCUUGACCAGAUCUAAAGCCCAGAGCCUGGGCACCUGCUGUGUGCAUAGCCCUGUGCGGUGGGGAGAGGUCCAUGUCUUGUCCAGGGGAUUCCUGUGAGAGAGGGUGGCUGUUACUGGAACCAGAUGAGAGAGGUGCAGAUAGAGAUAGAGAGAGGGGCAGAUAUCUCUGCAGAUAGGCCAGAGUGGCAGUGACGAUGAACAGGGUCUGCGAUUCAGCACCCAUCAUGUCUCCCCAGUCAGAGGAAGGGUUUUGCCCCAGAGUCCCAUGAUAAAGCAGUAUGGAACUAGGAGCUGGGCUGUCAGCCAGGACAUUUUAUGGAGCCCUAAACAUGCAGGACGGCCUUCUGGCCAUGGGAAGUGUCAGGGCAGGGGGUCUCUCGGUGGGCGCUGCAGAGGUUGCCUGUCCUGCGCUAGGACCGCUUGUGUGCACCAUGGAUCUUCACAGGUGUUAAGGGAACUCUUCCCACAGUGGGGUGAGCUGGAGUUCAUAGUCAUUUCUACCUGGGGCUGCCUGGCUCUCUCUGAGCAUCCUCUGUGCUGCUUAGCAGGCUGAGAGACAGCACUCUGGCGCCUGGCCUGGGAGGCGUAGGGUGAGGAUUGUAUGUCUGCCAGGGUGGGAUGUGGGGAGGCUGGAGGAACUCCUGGAGGGCCGAGGAGCUCAUGCCUGCCCAUGGUAUUUGUCAUGAGCUGGGUCCCAGAAAGCUUUUUUGAACUUGGGCCCUGGCCCUGCUGUUCCCAUGCCACCAAUACCAGUGGUCACCGCUAGUGCUCCACGGGCCUUACCUGGUUGGGAACUUGAUUGUGUCAGAGUGGCACUGACUCUACCUCCAGUAGCUUCCUGGCAUCCCGGCUGCCCAGGAAACUGUCCGAGACCUUGGAGGGCCCAUCUCUCUGGAGUGUUCCGGAUGAAUACGGUGGUCAGGUUUGGGCUUGCAGAGCCCGAGGCUGUGGGGUGUUUCAGGAGCCUCUGAGACUGUCCUAGAGGCUGACGUCACUCUAGCUUCUCCCAGAGAAAGCCACAGGGUGUGGUGCUGCUGUGGCAGUGACCGUGUCGCUUCCAGGACGGGGUGUCGGGGACGGUCCUGGCAGCAAGACCUCAAGACUGACUAGGGCCUGUAGGGCUGAGGACCAGUCAUGGGCUCCACUUGGGAUGCACCUCCCCCACCUCCCUCCCUGAAAGGGACCUGGGACCUGGGGGAAGAGUACAGGAGGAGUUUCCCUGGGGCCAGGCCUGGGAAGUCCAGGAAUCUCACCACUGAGUCUCCCUGGGUGAAUCUGCAGCAGUAACUGGGGUGUCUUGGCUCAGAGAAUUGUAGGAAGGGGAUACAGCCCCCUGCCAUCCUCCCCGCGCUCCUGUGAAUGAGGCUCACUCUUCUAAAUCCUAUCUGGAGGCUGGGUGUGCAGUGGGCACUCUGGCCCGCCUGCCUGUCUUCCCUAUGUGAGGGUAGUCACCUGAGUCUGAAGGUCUGGGUCUGCCUGCCUUUGGGGGGCCGAUAUUGAGUCUUGAGACCUUGGGGCUUGACAGGCAAAGUAGGACAGAACUCGCUGGCUUCGUUAGUCCCAGCUCGGGCUGGAGCAGAGAGGUGUUGUGGAGGCAGGGAAGAGCUCAGGACAUGGAGUCUGGCCCACAUGGAUCACAUUUGGACUUCAUCACUUCCUCCCUGUGUCAUCUUGAGUGUGAUUCUUCACCUACCCCAAGCCUCAGUUUCCUCAUCUGUAAAACGGAGUUUCUCAUAUCCUGCCCCAGAGGGCUUCUGCAGAGAUUCCCUGAAAUACCAUAUGUGAUAUGAUUGGGGUCCCUUCCUUGCCUGGAGCACGGAGAAGCAAGUCUAGGGGAGCACUGAUGCUGACCUGUGGGAAGGGGUGGGUCUGACCCAGCCUGAGCGUGGAGUCACUCUCUGAAUGGCCCUCUGGUCUGACCCCAGUGAUGCUGACGUUAACAGGACCUGCAAACAUGGCUUUUGCCCCGUCUCAGAAACAUGAGCCUUCACUGGCAGGCCAGACUUUGCUCUCUUCCACCCCAGCCUCUGCCAGGGGCUGCCUCCUGACCUGAGAAGGUAUGGGCUGGGCUGGCAGGUGGGAGGUAGGGGCUCAGGCCUGCCAGGCAGGGCCCACAGAGCUUGAGACUGAUGGCUGUCCUGGAGUGGGAGCCCUGGGUUCACUAUGGCCACUGACAGAGCGGGGCCAGGCUGCAGGGUGCUGCCAGUGGAAGCCAUGGCUGUUGUGUUCCUGAAAGUGAGAGAACCCUGUGGGCCUCGCUGCGACGGGUGCCUCAUGGCACGCCUGCUGGAGCAAGACUGCUGGCUUCAGUGGCUGUGUGCCCUGGGACAGAUGACAUAGCUCCUUUGCCUCAAUUUUCUCAUCUGUAAAAUGGGCAUGGUACUAGAACCUAAGGUGAUCGUGAAGAUGAAAUUAAUUAAUUCAGAAAAAGUCCUUGGGAAAAACGGAUUGCCAGCUGUCUGGCCCAGAGGACUCAAUAAACAUUAGCUGUGAUCACUUUUAUUCACUCUGCCCCCGAGAGCCUAAUUCAGUUGUUUUAUUCUUCAAGUAACCUCCAGCCUUGGUUGGAUGCUUAGACUCUUCUCUCCCCCAGCCUCCUGGUGGUCCCUGAGAUCUGGGCAAGGCGUAUGGCUCCUUCCCUUUCCCAGGAUCACGGUGAGCUUUUCAGAUGGGAGCUGCGCUCUUCCUCGGCGCUGCCUACGGAGAUAGCAGCGAUCUCCUGGUCGGCAUCAUGGCCGCCCUUAGACCCCUUGUGAAACCCAAGAUCGUCAAAAAGAGAACCAAGAAGUUCAUCCGGCACCAGGCAGACCGAUAUGUCAAAAUUAAGCAUAACUGGCGGAAACCCAGAGGUAUUGACAACAGGGUUCAUAGAAGGUUCAAGGGCCAGAUCUUAAUGCCUAACAUUGGUUAUGGGAGCAAUCAGAAAACAAAGCACAUGCUGCCCAGUGGCUUCCGGAAGUUCCUGGUCCACAACAUCAAGGAGCUGGAAGUGCUGCUGAUGUGCAACAAAUCUUACUGUGCUGAGAUCGCUCACAAUGUUUCCUCCAAGAACCGCAAAGCCAUCGUGGAAAGAGCUGCCCAGCUGGCCAUCAGAGUCACCAACCCCAAUACCAGGCUGCGCAGCGAAGAAAAUGAGUAGACAGCGUAUGUGCAUGCUUUGUGUUUAAAUAAAACUGGAAUCUUCCUUAAAAAAAAAAAAAAAACAGAUGGGAGCUGCAUCCAGUCUUCCUUUCAGCCAUCUCAGCACCAACCGUGUGCAGAGGCUGUGAGGGCUAGGAGCUCUGUGCUGGGGGUUCAAGGCUGGGCAGAUCUGCCAGCCCAUCAGAGGGAGGGCAAGCCACUUGGCUUGGGGCUCCACCAGUAAUCUGGAGGAUCGACCCAGCCUCUUCAGACACAGCCUUCACAGAAAAUUCUGUCUCCCAUCACCCAAACCAGGAGGCACCAGCCCUGCCUUCCCAUGGGACCCCUUCAAACACACUCUGCCCUUCCUGUGUCUCUGGGUUUCCCAGCAGCCUCAGCGCCUGCUCAGUCUGAAUUGUGCUUUAUCUGAGAGGCACAUUCCCAGGCUAGCCCAUUGUUGUCUACCUGGGAGGAGAAACCAUGUACAUCCAUGACUCUAGGAAGAGCAAAGAGAAUUUUGUCCUCCUUUCCUGGGUAUGGCAUUGCUGGCAUCCACAUUUUGACAAAGGUUAAAAAAUUUGCCCCUGACAUCUUCCAGCCUCUCUUUUGUAAUCCUAUUCCAUCUCCCUGAGCUCCCACACACCCUCAGUGCUCCAGUUCGAGUUAGCCCGUCCCCCCUGGAAGUGAUUUAUGCUGUAGUGUGAGUGCCAGCACCCUUUAGCUCUCCCAGAAGACUUGUUUUCAAGGGGAUAUUGUGCAAGGACAGGGACACUGAUAGAAGAGAUUUUGGUAAUAAAGUUGGCACUUGUUCCCCUCCCCCACCUUCACACAGCUGGAGCCCUGGCUGGCUGCAGGUGUGUCAAAAGCUGCAGUUUCUGCCUCUGUGAAACUUGAGGACACUUUAUUUAGUAAGUACAAGGGGAGGAUGUCCCUAGAAGUCCAUAUUGGCAGAGGUGUCCAGUCCCCAGGCCUGGUGGAUACCUGUUCCAGGGGACUCCCUGGGGACUGAUGGGGCCGUGCUUCCCAGUAGGGGCCGACUGGGGAAAUCUUGGCUGAGAUUCUGGCCUUGAUGGGCUCCUUAGGGGCAGCUGGGUCUGGGGAAGGGAUAGCGCUCUGGAGGCUUGGCUGCCCCCUCUGUCCCCAUAGGGUGCCCGUUGCCCCAUAGUAAUCUUGAUUUAGGAUAUCUCUGGCAUCCUGCCUAAGCCAUGACUCCCCUUGGGAAGCUGAGGGUGAUGAUACUGAGUCAGUGUGAUCAAGUGUCCCUGUGUGUCCCUAAGGAGGGGGUGUUUGACAAGGAAAUUUGCGAGACAGACCCCUUGUUUGGCUCCAGAGAGGUACCAGGCGCUGAGGCUGCAGGGCCUGGGCUGGGCUAUCUUGCUCAAUGCCUGCCUCGGUGAAAUCUUGCCCUGCCUGGCCUGGCCUGGGUUCUGCCAGGUGGAGAAAAGCAGAGGAACUGGUCUCCCAGCUCUGUGGCUCCACACCCAGCCCUCAGCUGAGGCUGUUCCGAGACCAGUCCUGGCAUGUGGGCUGCCGAGGCAGGCGCCAGCUCUGUGGAAGGGUGCUGGGGGCAGCACUGGUUUGGCUUGGGCGUCAGAGCUGGCAUGGGGCUGCCAGGAUCCCUCCUCGUUCAAUAAAUGCCCCAGGUAUACUGUGAGCAGGCAGUGUGGUACAGGGUAGAGGGCCCAGGGCCAAGAGGCUUAGGUCUAUGACCUUGACCUCAGGUUUCCCACCUGUAAAGCCCUGACAUCACAUUACAUGGAAGAUGUUACCCGAAAGCGGUCUUGGCCAACUGUGAAUGCUGUCCCUCCACCCCGGCCCUGGCCUGGAAGCCCCCAGCGCAGUGAGGGGUCCGUCUCUGAGUGGCAGUGUGGGGCUGUGUAUGGGGGGUGCCAUCCAGAGUGUCCCUGAAAGGUGCUCCUCCCUUUGGAAAUGCUGCUGGGGACACCCUCCUCUCCUGCCUAUUUCUAUCCCCCUCCUGCCCUGGCCAGGCCCAUCACUCCUUGCCUGUCAUAUCCUCAGCAGGCCCCAGCUUGCCUGGUUCUCAGUAGAGAGCCAGUGAGCUGAUAAAUUGCUGUGCCUGUCACCGGAAAUGCUGAUGCUGCCUUGAGGCACUGGUGAGGCUCCUCCCUCCUGGGAAUGGCUUCAGUGGGGGAGAUUUUGGGUCUUGAGGCCUAGACCCGAUCUGUGGCCUCAGCCUCUCUCCCUGGUGGGCUGUGUUUUCCCGGCUCCUGAAUUAGGAAACAGGCCUUAGUGAGGACUUCCUCCACAACCCCGAUGCUGGGGGAGCCCAGUGUCUCCUGGCCUGUGGCCCUGCCCUCCUGCCUACUCCCACAGGUGCCAUGUUUUGGCCAAACCCCCAUUGUACAGAUGGGCAACCUGAGGCAGGGUGUUUCCAGCAACAUCCAGUAAUUUAGGGACAGAGACCAAACUAUCACCAGACCAUCCCCAUGCUGGACCUGGUCGUUUUCCCUGGGCCACCCUGUGGUGGUCAGUGUGGUAGGUACCUGAGGAGGGGGCAUUUGGUGAGUCUUGGGGGACAGAACCCCUGCCCAGUUCCCAGAGCAGCACCAGUCGCUGAAGCCAGCAGGGCCAGCCUGUUGGCCAUAAGGCAGUUUAGCAUUGUCCACCGAGCCCCUUCUGGCAUCAAGGUGGGGAACAGGUCUAGAGAGAGGCUGAGAGCUGCCCAGGUCCCCAGCACGGCCGCAUGGCAGAUUCUAGCCCUUUCCCGGAGACCCUGGCUCCUGGGUGCUCUGGUCUGACCUGCCUGCCCAGGGCUUAGGCCAUUUCAGUCUGGGCUGAAGGAGUGGGUCACAGGUCUCCCCACAGAGAGACGGCAGCUGCAGAUCCAGGGGCACAGCAGCGUUUGGGAGGCAGUGGGACUGGGAGGGGCUGUUGCAGCUUUUUCUUCCCUGUCCUCCUACUGCUGCCCCUGGAGGAGCAGACCCAGCCCCUGCAGCCUAUGCUGCCCUCCAGGCCCCACCUUCGUCCCUGGAGCCAACUUGCCUCUUAGCUCCAGCAGCUCUCUCCUGCUGCCCCGCUGGGUCCAGCCAGGCUGGCUGGUGGGAAGGCAGUGGGCUCAGCCCCAGGCAGGAAGGAGCCUCAGCUCAGCUUCAAGUAGAUACUUUCCCAGUCAUAUAGGUGCCACUGGAUGUUCAGUGGGUCCUCAGCCCCGGCGGGAGGGAGGCCAGGCCACCACCAUGAUGUGCUGUGUCGGAGAUGCAGAGAGGACACUGCUGGGCUUUCCCUGGUUCCUUUGCCAUGCGAGCUUGUUCACGGGGCUCUCUUGCUACUCACUGCCUUGACUUGGAACACUGGACUCAAGUGAAGCCAGCUCUUGCCUCUCCCAGGCUGGGCCACUCUGGGAGAUAACUUUUCCUCUCUUCAUUGUUUUCAAAGUGCAGUCUGAAGAACCCCUACAGGACCUGGGGCUUGUGAAUGGCAGAGGCAGCCUCUGGGUGGGGAGCUGGGAAGACUACAUUUGCAGUGGUCUCCUGGUGGUGCUUAGAGACCCUAUAGCUGAGAGCCCCCAGUUUGGAUGCAGGUGAUGGUUUGGAUGUUUGGAUGUCACCCUCAGCCAGUAUGGCGUCUUGAUGCAGAGGCGGAGGUGAAGGCUGGGGCUCUGAGGCUCAGAGACCUCAGCCCCCAAGUUCUGAAGUCUAGGGAAGGGGAGAGUCAGCCUGUUUUCCUCACAUUUGUGGAUCUGGACGAGAAACCGAGGGGGUAAAAAAGAUUUUUUUUUUUUUUUUGAGAUGGAGGCUCACUCUUGCCCAGACUGCAGUGCAGUGGUGUGAUCUCGGCUCCCUGCAACCUCCGCCUCCCAGGUUCAAGCGAUUCUCCUGCCUCAGCCUCCUGAGUAGCUGGGAUUACAGGCAUGUGCCGCCACCCCUGGCUAGUUUUUGUAUUUUUAGUAGAUAUUAGGUUUCACCAUGUUGGUCAGGCUGGUCUCAAACUCCUGACCUCGUGAUCUGCCCACCUUGGCCUCCCAAAGUGCUGGGAUUACAGGCAUGAGCCACCACGCCCAGCCGUAAAAAAGAUUUCUAAACAGCUAUGACCCUGUUUCAAGCCUCCUGAGGAAAUUUGCCAUUGUGUGGAAUCUGGGGAUGGGGAGGGUGGGUGUCUAGCCUGCCAUGACCACGGGUCCUCCUGCCUCUUGACCUCGAAGCCUGGGCUCCUGGAACAGGUCCCACAGCCACUGCCACAGCCUCUGGUCCAGGCUGCUUGUGAGAGGCCGUGACCCGGCUCCUUUGAUAAGGGGCAGCUCUUAUCCCUGGUUUGUUACUAAUGGGGCUUGUUGAUUCAGUGACUCGGCUCCCACAGAAGCUGGGUUUUCAUGACCACAUGGGUCAGGUACAGCGGAUGGGUCAGCUUCUCUUUCCUGUUCCACCACAGGACAACUGGGAAUCAGAGACCCACCACACUGCCCAAGUUAGUGCCCAGGAUGAGCAUUGUCUUAUCCUCUCCUGGGUUGGGUCGGGGGCUUCAAGGCCUGGCCCUAGUACCCUCCUUAGGGCAGCCCUCUGGACUCCAGCCUCUGAAGCGCCCCCAUUUUCAAUCCCCCUGGAGCCGGACACCUGGCCAUAUGUCCUGGGUAGCUGAGAGCUCAGCCAGGCCAGGACCAGACUAUUUCUUCUCUCUUUUCUCCCAAAGCUUCUGGUGUGAUCUUGGCUCACUGUAACCUCCACCUCCCGGGUUCAAGUGAUUCUUCUGCCUCAGCCUCCCAAGUAGCUGGGAGUAUAGCAGUGCACCACCACGUCUGGCUAAUUUUGUAUUUUUAGUAGAGAUGGGGUUUCACCAUGUUGGCGAGGCUGGUUUUGAGCUCCUGACCUCAGGUGAUCCACCUGCCUUUGCCUCCCAAAGUACUGGGAUUACAAACAUGAGCCACCUUGCCCUCCGUCAGUAAUGCUUUUUAAGGAAUUUGGGUUUUACCCAUCACUCACUUUAAGCAGCAGGUGACCCAUGUCAGUGAUUCAGAGUAUGGGCUGGAAACCAAAGGCCUUCUGACCUGGUGGCCUCAGGCCGAUGGGGUAGGAGUGGAUGGGAAGUCUCUCAGGUUAGUGACUGGGCCUGCCACCCUCUCUUCAACCUGUCUGAGAUGCCCACUGGACAUCCUGGCUUCUGAUGCAGCCGGGGCACUUUUGAGCUGUUUUGCAGAGGAGCUGCAGCACUGCUGGCCUCAGCCCCAGCCCCUUAUCUUCUCCUGGGUCAGGGGCUUCAAGGCCUGGCCCUAGUACUCCCCAGGGCAAGGGGCUCUGCUGAGACACAGGUUGCCCAGAAGGGUGGCCCUCUUUACUUUUGCUAUGGGAAUGACAGCUGGCAGUUAGCUUGAGGCUGCCUUCUGGAAGCUUCUCUGCCAGCCCUCUGCCCACAGACUCCAGAUGUGCUCUUUGGAGUGGGUGGCAGCCGGUGAAGAUAGCUUCCCAUCCCUGGUGGCACAGGUCCUGUUCUGGUCCACACCAUUCCCUCUCCACCUCGCAAGUGUGGGCUGGUCCCUGGGUAGCUUCACCACUGGGGCAGGCUCAGUGAUUCCUAGUCAGUGAAGCUCUGUCCCAUUGAGGAAUCUUAAAUGGGUUUCCCUUAAAACUGAUGGGCUCAGCUAGGAGGACUGGGGAGAAAGAAGGGGAUGGCAGGUGAGGAGAGCAGCUCUGCUGCACAGGAAGGUGUAGUGUCUGGGCCACCCUGGGCAGGUCCCUUGCCAUUCAGAGGCUCUAGUCCUUAUCUGCUAGAGACAGUGAUGUCUGCCCUGCUGCCUCAUCUGCAGGGGAGUUGUAGGGAUGAGAAAGGAAUGAGUGGAAAGUGUUUCCAGCCUUAAAGAAGGCCUCAUUUCUUCACACCCUCUUUCUUGCUGGGUCAGAGCCUUGACUCCAGGACUCUCCAUGGUCCCUGGGAGACCAUGUAGGCCAGGAGACCGGUGUAGCUGAGAUGGAGUUGGGCUGACCUGACCGUUCCUCUCUUACUCCCUUUCCCAGACUCCUGGAAGCUGCCCCUUGAUCCCCAAGCUUCCAGGCGAGCCAAACCUUGGGCUUUCUAAUCAAUGAACUUCUAGGGUCUCCGCUGUGGGUGGGGAAGGGGCAAGGCGUCCCUUGCUUUGAGCAAACAGAACUAGUGGAAGCCUAGACCUUACCUCGCAUGAAGUUGUUGAUUUGUUCUAUGGACUGUUGGUUUUUCUGGGACUUACAGAGGUUAAAGGCUGGUUUGCCUGUUGCCUUCCUGGGCAGGGCAUGAGGUGGGCCCCAAGCUGAGGCUACCUGAUCCUGAGCAGCCUUGAGCAGUGGUCAAGCAGCCUCGGAAGCACCCAGUUGGAGAUGAUGCUGAGGGAGCUGCCCAGGAGGCCUGGAGGCGGUGUGCUGCAGGCUGUCAGCGCAGCAGGCCUGCUAAAGGAAACCGGAAGCCUCGCCAGAAACUCUAGAGUCAGCUGGCACCUUGGUAAUCCAAGUUCACACUCAGCAGUUUCUGCUAAUUUCCUCCCCAGGGGGCUGAAAUCUUACCUUCUCCUCAUCUGAGGGGCUAUCACUGAAGGUUUAAGCUGGAGAAGAUUUGGGAGGUCUCUCUAGCCCACCCCCUUAGUGGAGACCAAAGGCCCAGAGAGGGGAGAGGCCCCUGGAGGCCAGGGAGCUGGUUUCAGUGGAGAAAAUGUUUAAGAGCUUGUUGUGUAAAUAAGAUUGCAGAGGGAUAAGCCUGCAGAGCUAGGGAACAAAUUGUUUCUACGGACCGGACCGCAGACUGAAAUGCUCAUCUGGCCAGGAGAAAAGCCCUGCUCCUGGGAACUUGUUAGCCUGUUGGGGCCUCCAUGGCGUUCCUGGGUCUCACCGGGCGGUGCCUCCCAGGUUAUACAUGGGCCCGAGUGUGCGUGUCUGCUCUGUGGGCAUUGGUUACCUCAUCUGUUGAAUGAGGCAGGGAUCCAGUGUCUGACUUCUGCUUUAAGAUUUGGUGCUCUUUACGAUGCAGCGGAGGCACGUGGGAUCGCAGCGCCAAUGCCUUGCCCCGUCUCUGCCGCAUCUCCAGCUUUCUCUUGAGGUGGGUGGUGUAGCAGGAGAGGGCAGGGCAGAGUUCUUGGGUGAGAGUGAAGCCGUGAUCUCAGUGAAUAUGGGAGGGGGUACCCGCUCUGUGUCCCCUGGCAGGCAGUAUUCUUCGUUGAUGAAGGGGACAGGCCUGAGGGAGGCCAGGGUAGCUUCAAAGCUCUGUGGGGCAGCACUGGUGUUUGCAGCACCAUGUGGAGAUGGUGUAGUUAAAUGUGGCCUUUUGUGGAUGCUGGGGGAGCAUGGACUAUGACUGUUUGCUUUUAUUGAUUGAUUGAUUGAGACGGAGUCUCGCUGUGUCACCCAGGCUGGAGUGCAGUGGUGUGAUCUUGGCUCGCUGCAACCUCCGCCUCCUGGAUUCAAGGAAUUGCCCUGCCUCAGCCUUCCAAGUAGCUGGGACUAUAGGCACAUUCCACUGUGCCUGGCUAAUUUUUGUAUUUUUAGUAGAGAUGGGGUUUCACCAUGUUGGCCAGGCUGGUCUUGAACUCCUGAGCUCAAUUGAUCCUCCCAAAGUGCUGGGAUUACAGCCGUGAGCCACUGUGCCUGGCUAAUGACUGCUUAUUGUAGAUAGGCCUUGGUGGAUUCUGUUAAUUGUAGAUGAGCCUUGGUGGAAUGUGACUGUUCACUGUAGAUGGGCCAUGAAGGGCCCUUCUAGGGUCAAAACCUUUCUCUUGAGGGAAGGAAGGUACAGUUUUGCUCUUGUACUUUCAAAGGAAGUUCAGUGAUAUUUCUGACCUUCUGGUUUGUACACGUGUCUGACGCUUCCCUCUGACCUAGGCCCCUGGAUGUAGAGCCUCCACCUGGUCUGACUCUGCCUUAGGAGGCGGGAGGUCUUGUCUGUCCUUCCCUGCUCUGCACUACCCAGGAGUGACACCCGUGGGCCUAUGGUCAGGGCCUGGUGAGGCCUCUUGGGCUGAUGAGGCCCUUUUCCUUUGGAGCCCAGCCUCAGGCGGGCCCCCUCUGGCAAGUCAGUGCAGAGGCUCCUGAUGAACUGACUGAUUCCUGCCCCUACCUUCUCAUGAAACCCUGUCUCCCUGUCUUUCACCCUUUUUCUAGGCAGGUCUGCUGGCAUCUGAGGCUCCCUUAGUUAGACAAUGGCCACUGUUUGUGUGUGCCUACUACGUGCUAGGCAUAGCCUCAUUGAAUUUUUGCAGCAGUCCUGAAUGUAGAUGUUAUUAUUUUCCCAUUUUACUGAUGGAGAGACUGAAGCCCUAAGAGGCUUAAUGACUUCCCUGGACCAUGCACCUAGUGAGUGGCAGGGUCUAGAGUCCCUAAAGCUCGUGCACUGGACCAUGCUGUUCAUCUUUAUUCAUUCUUUGUUCUGGUCCAACACUGGGGCCCUCUCAAGAUAGACUAUGUAGUAAGUGGGGUCUUUAGGUCUAAAUCUCGCGGCUGAAUAGGGCUCUCAAAGCCAUGCUUCUUGCCACCUGGCUGCUGGGUUCUCCCUUCCCUACCUGAGGUCCUGGGGCCAGUGUGAAGGGCUGAGGCAGUCCUGACCUGCCCUCCAUGCAGACCAGGGUUCUGCACAGGCCUGCUCACUGUGUGUGAUGUGAUCCUGCCCCCCACCCCUGCCCCCAGUCUUGCCAGUCAGCCCCGGCCUCAGGAACUUGGGAGAGCUGUGUAUGUUUACCCUCUAGCUCCUGCCUGCAGCCUCUUGGAGCUGGGCAGGUGGAUGGCAUUCCUGGGGCUGCUGUUUGCAAGCAGGGCCUGCCCCAGGCCCACAACCCACUUAACUGGAGCCUUCUCAGUGCAGGGCCCCUUCCAGAUUAGCCUUAUAUGUCCCCUUCCUGAGUUGCACCCUGUCCUUCCUUCCCCAAGGAGGACAAUACUCUGACCAGAGGGCCUGUACCCAGUCUUCACUGUAGAUGGGAACUGGGCUGAGUGUGGGAAGGUGCAUGGGGGCCAGGCCUGGGGUUGCCGUGCAUGGGCAGACCUGCCCCAACACAGACAGCUCCCUGUGCCCAGCCCAACCUGGCCCCUCACGUCACCCUUGGUGUCCACAUCUGGGGGCCAGCAUGCCUAGAGGCUGCCUGUCUGCCUCUAGCUUGUCUUGAGAUUGUUCUUGGGGUUUUUUGAAAGCCCCUGGUGGGGCUGGGUGGGCAGUCUUUGACCCCAGCGCUCCCUGGCUGAUGGCCCCAAGAGCUGGUUCUCAGUGUAGGGUGGGCUGAUGGGCUCCCAUGGGGGCCACAGCCUCUGUUCCCAAUAACAGCUCCCUGUCUGCCCUGAGAGGUCUGGAACUCCCUUACCAGACUGAGCUUCUGGGGGCUCGGGCCCUGCCCUCUCUCUUGUGCCCUGUAUGCCUGCACCCGGCACCAGGCUGUGUUGUAGCAUCAGGGAUUUGGGCGUGGGGACCAAAGUGCUGCCUAGAGCUGAGGGUCCUGGAGACACAUGAGAAGGCUUCUCCCUGUGCGCCUGUGCGGCACAGGGUGGGGUGAGUCCACUCAGCUCUCUAGGAAAGGACCCACGAGCGGCAGAUCCCCGGCCAAGAUCUACUCAUACUGUGUUCUGAUCCUU